CCCCAUUAUUUUUUUUUUGUUUUGCCUCCAGAAGUGCCAACUACUCCUCCCGACCAUUUUUCUCCUCCUUCCACUGGCGCAAUCGCGCAUAUUCGGCUUUUCCCCUUCUUUCCCUCCCAAUUCUUCUCAGCCUGUUUGCUGAAAAGCUGACUCGAUUUGCUCACCCUGACUCAGCUUCCAGGACAUCGCAAAUAACUACCUAGUCCUUCUUCCUUCUUCCUUCCUUCCUCCCGCCCCCAAAUUCUCCACUCUAAAAAGAACGGUGAGGGCGUUCUUCUUGACAGCAAUUCCCGCCAGUCGCGCCUCCCUUCCAUCGCCCUCUCCUCUCCUCGCAGGCCGGUCAAUUCGUGCGCCCCUGUCUCUACCGAUUUCACAGGUGUCCUCUUCUCCCCCGCUACCGUUUAAUUCUUCUCUUUGGUGUACUUUGUUUGCAGUUCCAUUGCAUGGGACUCUUAUAAUACCUAAUCCUCAAUCUCCUGCAUCAUGAGCGCCAACGGUGCUGUCAACGGCCACGCUGGCUCCAGAGCCGCCAGCCUUCCCUCACAUUUCAUCGGUGGUAACCACCUCGACGCUGCCCCUCCCAGUGCGGUCCGGGAUUUUGUGGCCAAACAUGAGGGUCACUCCGUCAUCAGCUCGGUGCUGAUCGCCAACAACGGUAUCGCGGCCGUCAAGGAGAUUCGUUCCGUCCGGAAAUGGGCCUACGAGACGUUCGGCAACGAGCGGGCCAUCCAGUUCACAGUCAUGGCCACCCCCGAAGAUCUGCGGGCAAACGCAGACUACAUUCGCAUGGCCGACCAAUAUGUCGAGGUUCCCGGAGGUACGAAUAACAAUAACUACGCCAACGUCGACUUGAUUGUCGAUGUCGCGGAGCGCAUGGACGUCCACGCCGUCUGGGCCGGUUGGGGUCACGCCUCUGAGAACCCCCGUCUUCCCGAAUCGCUCGCCGCCUCUCCCAAGAAGAUCAUCUUCAUUGGUCCCCCCGCCUCGGCGAUGCGCUCGCUGGGUGACAAAAUUUCCUCGACCAUCGUCGCACAGCAUGCUGGUGUCCCCUGUAUCCCAUGGUCUGGAACCGGGGUUGACCAGGUCCGAGUCGACGAGCACGGGAUCGUCACCGUCGACGACGAGAUCUACAAGCAAGGUUGCACCUUCUCGCCGGAAGAGGGUCUGCAGAAGGCCAAGGAAAUCGGCUUCCCUGUCAUGAUCAAGGCAUCCGAAGGUGGUGGUGGUAAGGGUAUCCGUAAGGUCGAUAACGAGGAGGACUUUGUCAGUCUGUACAACGCUGCCGCCAAUGAGAUCCCCGGUUCCCCGAUCUUCAUCAUGAAGCUCGCCGGUAACGCCCGUCACUUGGAAGUCCAGCUGUUGGCUGAUCAGUACGGCAACAACAUCUCUCUCUUCGGCCGUGAUUGUUCCGUCCAGCGUCGUCACCAGAAGAUUAUUGAGGAGGCGCCCGUCACUAUCGCCAAGCCCAUCACCUUCCAGGCCAUGGAGCGUGCUGCGGUCAGCCUGGGUCGUCUGGUCGGUUACGUGUCCGCCGGUACCGUCGAGUACCUGUACUCCCACGCCGACGACAAGUUCUACUUCUUGGAGCUGAACCCUCGUCUCCAGGUCGAGCACCCUACCACUGAGAUGGUGUCCGGGGUCAACCUGCCCGCCGCCCAGCUGCAGAUUGCCAUGGGUAUCCCCCUCCACCGCAUCCGUGAUAUCCGUCUGCUCUACGGUGUGGAUCCCAACACCUCCGGCGAGAUUGACUUCGACUUCUCCAGCGAGGAGAGCUUCAAGACCCAGCGCCGUCCCCAGCCCAAGGGUCACACCACUGCGUGCCGUAUCACCUCGGAGGAUCCCGGCGAGGGUUUCAAGCCUUCCAGCGGUACCAUGCACGAGCUGAACUUCCGGAGUUCUUCCAACGUCUGGGGUUACUUCUCCGUCGGUACUUCCGGUGGUAUUCACAGCUUCUCCGACAGUCAGUUCGGUCACAUCUUCGCCUACGGUGAGAACCGUCAGGCGUCGCGGAAGCACAUGGUUAUUGCCCUGAAAGAACUGAGCAUCCGUGGUGAUUUCCGUACCACCGUCGAGUAUCUGAUCAAGCUGCUGGAAACUCCUGCGUUCGAGGAUAACACCAUCACCACCGGAUGGCUCGAUCAGCUGAUUUCCAACAAGCUGACCGCGGAGCGUCCGGACCCCAUCGUCGCCGUUCUGUGUGGUGCCGUGACCAAGGCCCACCAGGCCAGCGAGGCCGGUGUGGAGGAGUACCGCAAGGGCUUGGAAAAGGGUCAGGUGCCUUCCAAGGAUGUCCUGAAGACCGUCUUCCCCGUCGACUUCAUCUACGAGGGUAUGCGCUACAAGUUCACCGCCACCCGCGCUGGUGUUGACAGCUACCAUCUCUUCAUCAAUGGCUCCAAGUGCUCGGUCGGGGUUCGUGCGCUCGCGGACGGUGGUCUCUUGGUUCUCCUGAACGGACGCAGUCACAACGUCUACUGGAAGGAGGAACCCGCCGCCACCCGUCUCAGCGUAGACGGCAAGACGUGCUUGCUCGAGCAGGAGAACGACCCCACUCAGCUCCGUACCCCCUCCCCCGGUAAGCUCGUCAAGUUCACCGUCGAGAACGGUGAGCACGUCCGGGCUGGCCAAGCCUUCGCUGAAGUUGAGGUCAUGAAGAUGUACAUGCCCCUCAUCGCCCAGGAGGAUGGUAUCGUCCAGCUCAUCAAGCAGCCCGGAGCUACUCUGGAGGCUGGCGAUAUCCUGGGUAUCCUCGCGCUCGAUGACCCAUCUCGCGUCAAGCAUGCUCAGCCUUUCACUGGUCAGCUGCCCGAUCUCGGUCCUCCCCAGGUCGUCGGUAACAAGCCUCCUCAGCGGUUCUUCUUGUUGCACAGCAUUCUCGAGAACAUCCUGAAGGGUUACGACAACUCGGUGAUCAUGAACACCACUCUGAAGGAGUUGGUUGAUGUCCUCCGCAACCCCGAUCUUCCCUACGGCGAGUGGAUGGCCCAGUCUUCCGCCCUGCACUCUCGUAUGCCCCAGAAGCUCGAUGGCCAGCUGGAGUACGUUGUUGAUCGUGCUCGCGCCCGCAAGGCCGAGUUCCCUGCCAAGCAGCUGCAGAAGACCAUCCAGAAGUUCAUUGAGGAGAACGUCAACCCGGCCGAUGCUGAGAUCCUCAGAACCACUCUCUCGCCUCUGCUCCACGUCAUCAACAAGUACAUGGAUGGCCUCAAGGUUCACGAGUUCAAUGUUUUCAUUGGACUUCUGGAGCAGUACUACGAGGUGGAGAAGCUGUUCGCCGGCCGCAACUUCCGUGAUGAGGACGCCAUCCUGAAGCUCCGUGAGGAGAACAAGGAGGAUAUUUCCAGCGUUGUCCAGACUGUACUUUCCCACAGCCGCAUUGGCACCAAGAACAAUCUUGUUCUUGCUAUCUUGGCCAUGUACCGUCCUAACCAGCCCGGUGUUGGCAAUGUUGCCAAGUACUUCAAGCCCAUCCUCAAGAAGCUGACUGAGCUUGAGUCCCGUUCUGCUGCCAAGGUCACUCUGAAGGCUCGUGAGCUUCUGAUUCAGUGCGCCCUUCCUUCUUUGGAGGAGCGUCUGUCUCAGAUGGAGCUCAUUCUUCGCUCCUCUGUUGUCGAGUCCCGCUACGGCGAGACUGGCUGGGACCACCGUGAGCCCGACUUCUCUGUCCUGAAGGAGGUUGUCGACUCCAAGUACACCGUCUUCGACGUGCUGCCCCGCUUCUUCGUGCAUCAGGACGCUUGGGUUACCCUGGCUGCUCUCGAGGUGUACGUGCGCCGUGCUUACCGUGCCUACACCGUCAAGGCUAUUCAGUACACCCAGGCGGGCGAGCCUCCCCUUCUGUCUUGGGACUUCACCCUUGGCAAGCUUGGUCAACCUGAGUUCGGUUCGCUCUCCACCACCGAUCCCUCCACUCCCAGCACCCCGACUGCGGAGAUGAACCCCUUCAAGCGGAUCAACUCCAUCAGCGAUAUGUCUUACCUUGUUGGUGACGGCAGCGAGCCCAUGAGAAAGGGUGUUAUCUUCCCUGUGCAGUACCUGGAGGACGCCGCCGAGUAUCUUCCUCGUGCCUUGGAAGCCUUCCCCCGGGCCGGCUCCAAGGCUAAGAGACCUAGCGACAACGGCCUACUCGCCAACCUCGAGGGCAAGCGUCGUCCUACCCCGCGCAUUGAGACUGAUGGCGAGCUGAACAAUGUUUUGAACAUCGCUAUCCGUGAUGUGGAGGACUUGGACGACAACCAGAUUGUCGCCCAGGCUAACGAGUUGCUUGCCGACUUGAAGGAGGAGCUGCUUGCUCGCCGCGUCCGCCGUGUCACUUUCAUCUGUGGCAAGAACGGCAUCUAUCCCGGUUACUUCACUUUCCGUGGUCCCGCCUACGAGGAGGACGAGAGUAUCCGUCACAAUGAGCCUGCCUUGGCCUUCCAGCUUGAACUCGGACGUCUGUCCAAGUUCAAGAUCAAGCCUGUCUUCACCGAGAACCGCAACCUCCACAUCUACGAGGCCUACGGCAAGGGUCCCGAGAACGACAAGGCCGUUGACAAGCGCUACUUCGUUCGUGCUGUUGUGCGUCCCGGCCGCCUGCGGGAUGACAUCCCCACCGCGGAGUACUUGAUCUCCGAGGCUGACCGUCUGAUGAACGAUAUCUUGGAUGCCCUGGAGAUCAUUGGCAACAACAAUUCCGACUUGAACCACAUCUUCAUCAACUUCUCGCCCGUCUUCAACCUCCAGCCCAAGGAUGUCGAGCAGGCCUUGAACGGCUUCUUGGAGCGCUUCGGUCGCCGCCUCUGGAGACUGCGUGUUACUGGGGCUGAGAUUCGCAUUCUCUGCACUGACCCGGCCACCGGUGUUCCCUUCCCUCUGCGUGUGAUCAUCACCAACACUUUCGGUUUCAUCAUUCAGGUUGAGCUCUACAUUGAGAAGAAGUCUGAGAAGGGUGAGUGGAUUUUCCACAGCAUUGACGGCGGUAGCAACAAGCUCGGAUCCAUGCACUUGCGCCCUGUGUCCACUCCCUACCCCACCAAGGAAUGGCUUCAGCCCAAGCGUUACAAGGCCCACCUUAUGGGUACUCAGUACGUCUAUGACUUCCCUGAGCUCUUCAGACAGGCCUUCCAGAACAGCUGGACCAAGGCUGUCGAGCAGAUCCCCUCCCUGGCCGAGCAGCGUCCUCCUGUUGGUGAAUGCAUUGACUACAGCGAGCUUGUGCUGGAUGACACCGACAAUCUGGUCGAGAUCUCCCGCGGCCCUGGUACCAACACUCAUGGUAUGGUUGGUUGGAUUGUCACUGCUCGCACUCCCGAGUAUCCUCGUGGCAGACGCUUCAUCAUUGUUGCCAACGACAUCACCUUCCAGAUUGGUUCGUUCGGUCCCCUUGAGGACAAGUUCUUCCACAAGUGUACCGAGCUGGCCCGCAAGCUUGGCAUCCCGCGCAUCUACCUGUCUGCCAACUCUGGUGCUCGCAUCGGUAUGGCUGACGAGCUCAUUCCUUACUUCUCCGUCGCUUGGAACGACGCCAGCAAGCCCGAGGCGGGUUUCAAGUACCUCUACUUCACCCCCGAGGUCAAGGCCAAGCUGGAUGCCAGCGGCAAGAAGGAGGUUAUCACUGAGCUUAUCACCGACGAGGGUGAGGAGCGUCACAAGAUCACUACCAUCAUCGGUGCCAAGGAUGGCCUGGGUGUUGAGUGUCUGAAGGGCUCUGGUCUCAUUGCCGGUGCCACGUCCAAGGCCUACGAGGAUAUCUUCACCAUCACCCUUGUCACCUGCCGUUCCGUCGGUAUUGGAGCUUACCUCGUCCGUCUCGGACAGAGAGCUAUCCAGGUUGAGGGUCAGCCCAUCAUCCUCACUGGUGCGCCCGCCAUCAACAAGCUGCUGGGCAGAGAGGUCUACACCUCCAACCUUCAGCUUGGUGGUACCCAGAUCAUGUACAAGAACGGUGUGUCUCACAUGACUGCUACUGACGACUUUGAGGGUGUGCAGAAGAUUGUGGAGUGGAUGUCUUUCGUCCCGGACAGAAAGGGUGCUCCCAUCCCCAUCCGCCCCUGGUUCGAUACUUGGGAUCGUGAUGUGGACUACUACCCUCCCAACAAGCAGCCCUAUGAUCCCCGCUGGCUCAUUGCCGGUAAGCAGGACGACGAGGGUUUCCUCCCUGGUCUGUUCGACGCCGGUUCCUUCGAGGAAGCUCUCGGUGGCUGGGCUCGUACCGUGGUGGUGGGUCGUGCCAGACUUGGUGGUAUCCCCAUGGGUGUCAUCGCUGUUGAGACUCGCUCCGUCGAGAACGUUACUCCUGCCGACCCUGCCAACCCUGACUCCAUGGAGAUGAUCAGCACUGAGGCUGGUGGUGUCUGGUACCCCAACUCGGCCUUCAAGACCGCCCAGGCCCUCCGUGACUUCAACAACGGUGAGCAGCUGCCUGUGAUGAUCUUGGCCAACUGGAGAGGUUUCUCUGGUGGUCAGCGUGACAUGUACAACGAGGUUCUCAAGUACGGUUCCUACAUCGUCGAUGCCCUCGUCAAGUACGAGCAGCCCAUCUUCAUCUACAUCCCGCCUUACGGUGAGCUUCGUGGUGGAUCUUGGGUCGUCGUCGAUCCCACUAUCAACCCCGACCAAAUGGAGAUGUACGCUGACGAGGAGGCCCGUGGUGGUGUUCUCGAGCCCGAGGGUAUCGUCAACAUCAAGUACCGCCGCGACAAGCAGCUGGACACCAUGGCUCGUCUGGAUCCUACUUACGGCGAGCUUCGUCGCUCCCUUGAGGACGCCACCCUCAGCAAGGAGCAGCUCUCUGAAAUCAAGGCCAAGAUGGCUGCCCGCGAGGAGCAGCUUCUGCCUGUCUACCUGCAGAUUGCUCUGCAAUUUGCUGAUCUCCACGAUCGCGCCGGACGUAUGCAGGCCAAGAACACCAUUCGUCAGGCCCUCACCUGGAAGAACGCUCGUCGCUUCUUCUACUGGCGUCUCCGCCGCAGACUCAGCGAGGAGCUCAUCGUCAAGCGCAUGGUCACUGCUGCUCCUUCCCCUGCUGCUCGCGACGGCACUGUGGCCAUUCCUGCCGCUGCCGACUCUAGCGCCCCUGCCCCAACCGAGUCCGCCCGCGCGGUGCACCUCCGCACCCUGCACGGCUGGACUGGCCUCCUGGACGACGAGCUGGAGCACGACGAUCGUCGCGUGGCCAUGUGGUAUGAGGAGAACAAGAAGGCCAUCCAGACCAAGGUCGACUCUCUCAAGACCGAGAGCGUCGCUACCGAGGUUGCUCAGUUGUUGAUCAACAACAAGGAGGGCGGUCUCAAGGGUGUUCAGCAAGUUCUGAGCGUGCUUCCUGUUGAAGAGAAGGAGGCUGUCCUUAAGUUCUUGGCUUCCAACUAAAGAGCGUUCUUUCUUAGUUCACUUUCGUUGAACCAUUUUAUAUAAAGGUCGGGGUCAUUCCCAUACAGGAUUCAUACAGGAGGGGCUUUUUAUCUUUGGUGUUGUUAUGUCAAGGCAGCAGGGUACACGGUCUGGCUUUGCCGGUUUGUUUUUAUGUUUUAUCGACGAUGGGUGAUGACGGUGCAUAUACCACCCGGUUAUGUUUAUGUCCCGGUUUAGGUCACUGUCCAGCAUGUGUUUCUGUAUCUUGUAUUUAGCAUAUUUUUCUCUCAAUUCAUUGUUCUGAACC